GAUCUGUUAUUGGCUGCAGUGGCAAAAUAUGUAUGUGUCAUGAGUCAAAGACUGAACCAGCUGCUGGACUGACAGUGUCUUCAUGAUGGAUCCUCCUCGUCCUCCUCAGCUGAACUCCAGAAACAACCGUCUGACCGAGAGAGAAGAAGAAACAUCUGCAAACAGCCAAACAUCUGGAAACGCACAGAUGAACGCAGCUGGUCCUCCGGCAGCAGACAGACAGCCUCAAUACUCAAGUGGAUUCACCAUGAUCCCACCUAAUCUAACCCGGCGGAGCGAGAUGGAAACGGUGGCUCAAAGAGGAGAAGAGACGUUUCAGAGGAUGAGGGAGGCUCACAGAGUUUCUUAUGUGUCCGAGGUGCCAGCGACGCUCGGUGGAAGGGCAACACUGGAUGAGGUCCGACAGAGGCAGCAGGAGGCGCUACUUCGCUCCAAAGUGGAGAAGAGGGUGAAACAGGAAGAGAUGGAAAGGAGGAGGAGACAAGAAGAGGAGGAGGAGCUACAGAAGAUGAAAGAUGAUGCGAGGAAGAAGGCCGAGCGCCAUGAGGAGAAGGAGCGACAGGAGGAGCAGAGGAGGAGGGAGCAGCUCCAGCAGGAUCACGUCAGGAGGACGGACAGGUUUCUGCAGAGGUUUGAACGGGGACCCCGGGAUCCACCGGCAUCCGGUGGUGCCACACACACGUCAUCCACGAGUGAGGCUGCGGUGAAAAGUGGGAGAGACGUGCACCUGGAACACAAGAGGGUGAACUCGGCCUUUCUGGACGAUCUCCAGGGUCGAGGCGUCGGGAGCGAGGGAGAGAGGGGGGGUGUCCCGGGGGCCGAGUGGCGCGGGUCGGCCUCUAACGAUCUAACACACCCGACCGGACAACAAGCCCCCCCCGCUCACCUGAAACCAGAUCCAGACCAGAGCUGGACACAGGAAGCUGACCAGUAUCCAGACUACGACUGGGACCUGCUGAAGCUGGAGAACAUGUUUCCAAACUACACCAAAGAAUUCCUGACUGACAUCCUCCACCAGUGCCACGGCGACUUCGAGUCGGCCGUCACGAUGCUCGUCUGCACCUUGUCUUGAGUUCCAUUCUCCUCCAAUGGGACGACUCUAUUCAUACUGGGUUUGGUGGUUCGGGAGUUGCACGUAAAUAAAAUGUGUAAUCAGCGUUGUGACGUUAGAGGGAAUGUAGAAACGGGUGAUGGAUGGAGGACGUGUGCCUACAGAGGAGCGUCCUGUAAUGUGUUCUUGAUUAUGCUAUUAAUCACGGAGUGGUUGUAUCUGUCUGCUCCAGUGACUCAUGUUGGGACGCGGCCCUGACAUGGAGCCCACGAGCGUUUGCACCAGUUUAGUUGAAGGUCAUCGCCGUGACUCAUCAGCUUCAGAUCAUAUUUUGGGCUCUUAAUUAAAUCAGUGUGUGCAGAUGGAAAAAUGCUCGACCCAAACACAUGAUGUCUUUUGUUUGUUUUAUAAUCAGAGUCACAUGUGAAGCGUCUCCAGCUUCUCAGGACCGGCACAGAGUCAAAUAAGAUUUUACCUUGAGAGAUUAGAGUCAGUUAAGGCUGCACACGACGACCUUUUCAAAAUAAAACGAUCUCCCAGGUUGUGUCUCAGUUUCAGCUCCUUCAGACUCAAACACAGCCAACGGGUUUUCAGGCUGAACCGGGUCCAGCGGCGUCUCCGUACUCUGAUGUCGUGUGGACGCCGGACGUCUCCUCAGCUGAGUUCAUGAGUUUCCAAACGGAAACGUCUCGGUGAGGAUGUAGAUCGAGUCGUAAAAAGCCUCGGAGGACGUCCACGAAACACCCGUCUGUGAAAUCCUGCUGUUUCAGUCGCUCUGGUGCGCUGAUAAAAGCCGGGUGGGGUUUCCAGGUGGAACACAGAGCUGCGGUCAGAGCUAAAAAUGGCAGCUUUGUAACUGGGCUGAGUGGAGCAGCAGAGAUGUUAUCACCUGACGAGGCAGCAGAGAACAAAGGGUGGUGCUCUCCACACGGGGGACCGACAAAAUCCCCUUUUCUUCUGUAGCAUGAAGUCAUUCAGGGAGCGAUGCAGGGCUGAUGUCAUCCAGAGCGUCUGAACUCGGCUCUGCACACGCGAGGACUUUAGAUAAUAAAACGUCUCCUACGUGUUAAUUGUGAUUUUCUUUGAAUAAACUUUGGAUUGUGUGCAGCA